AUGCCGGACAAGACUCUUAUAAUCAUACGCGAUCCUCGCCACGGCCGCAGCCCAAUCCGCGCCUUGCCCGUCUCCACGUUUUUCACCACGGCCCUCUACUGCUGCCCGUGCGUCUGCAUAUAUGCUGCCAGUCCCAAAGACGCAAGUAAGCCCCAACCGCACCCAGAGCGGCCACUGCUGGCCCUUGUUGGCAGCGCGUCCAUCGAUGGGGGGAUCUGGCAGGCCCGCCAGCCCGCACACUGCUGCAACACCGCGGCCUCGAGUGGCAAAAACGGAAAGAAGAAAAAGAAAGAGAAGAAGAAGAAGAAGAAGAAGACGAUCAGAGAGGGUGAUCAGAAAGAGUAG